AUGAUUGAUUUUAUUUUGAGCCAUGGCAGAUAUGGCAGACUGCUGACACUUCUUGCAUGUUGCGUGACUCCUAGCCAGCAGGAGCCACUUCCCUUGGUGAUUUCUGUCGAUCUUUCGAGGUAUUACACUCGACUGUUAUGGAAGCCACGAACAGCUUUGGCGGUGGCUUAUCUACUGCAUGAACCAGAUGUGCAGGUGCUGGCUGUGACCACUGGCUUCAGUUCAGUUGGCUUCUUCUCCCGUUGGUUUGCAGCUCAUCCUUGUCAGGCUGCAGAGAAGUUCCUCCUUGAAAUGGGCAAAGCGGAGGUGCCCGUCGUUUGCGGGUCGAAGACAGGAUUCUUGGAGCGUGACAAGGUGGAUGCCGUCUUGGCCAAGCUGACGGAAGGUGGGGCGCACUGGUUAGUGUUGGACUCAUGGGCUGCCGCUGCAGCGAUGACAUUGCCCAGCAACAGCUUCCAGAAACAGAUUCUUUCCUUUUCGCUUCCUGGCCCGGGAGUGUUGUACCAGGGGAAUGGUUUGAGUCAUCCAUUGACCCGAAGCUUCCAAGAUGAGUCGAUGUCUGCUCCAGGUUUGCUGCUGCGAAGCUGGCAAGACAGCUUCCAGGAGGCAGCGCGGCUACGUAUCCUCGGCUUGGCACUUGGCUGGCGCAAAGAUACGCUGCAGGGCUCUGGGAUUAGUCGCUGCAGAGGAUCCUGGAUGCAGCGCGAAUUCGAACGAGGCCGCAUUUGGAACGUGGCCCACGGACAUGCCAUCCAAGUCCUCCACAGACUGGGACGAAUCGGUGCAGUCGUGGAAGGACUACUGCAAUUCCUGCUGCCACAGGAUGACCACGCUUUGCUGUUGGCUGCCGUCACCGCAAGCAACAACUUCACGAUGUGCAGCAAAUUCCAUGCAGUUCAGGGCGAUGACCAGCAGGCUAUACUGGAGGAAUGUCGUAGUGCCUUUGUCGAGGAUCCUCCUGACACAGUAUACGCCCGGGUCAACAUGGUCUUUGACGGUUCCAAGCUUUUGGAGCGUGUCGUUGAUCGCAUGUGUCACGUGAAAGAACGGAGCCUGUCAGCCGAGGAGCUCUGA